AUGAAAGUACCCUAUCAUCCACAGCAAUUUACACGUGAAUCACACCAAAAUCAUCAUCAAAUCGAACUUCGACCAACAAACAAAUCGAUCGAUCAACAACUCUUGCAAAGUGCGACACAAAAAUUUCAUCAUUCUCAUGUCGAUUAUCUUCAGAAACCAAUCGUAUCUAUUCAAACUACCAAUGAACAAAAACCAUUUUCAGAAGAAAUUUUUCCUUCUAUCAACAGUAACGACAAUCCUCUGAGUGAAAUUACGAAAUAUUUUCGAAAUCAAUUAGCUGAAAGUUGGAACAAACUAUUCUCAGAUGAACAAACUGAACGAGAAGAUCCUUCGAUUGAAGAGAUCUCUUCACUUCUGAGAUCGAUUCGAGAAGAAUCAGCUAAAUUUUGGGAAGAAUUAAUUGCAUCCAUUAGAUCAUCGAACGAACAAUUAUUCGACACAGGUUUAGCAAUACGAAUCACUCCAUCUACUCUUAUUUAUUCUUUCCAACAAAGAUUAUCCUCAUUCCAAUGGACUAUCGAUCAGCAUACAUUACUCGGUGGAACAAUUGUCAGUUGGACACUGGAACAGCAGUUGGAAAGAGCUUUGCAUUUUGCUAUUCAUGACAAACGAGAUGAGUUGAAAAAGGAAACUUUACACAUUCCACAUUCAAACUGGAUUCCAUCUUCACAUGUUCCUUGGUUAAUCUUAGAAUUAGAAAUGAAUAUUACCAUUCGAGAAAUGCAAAUCAAAGUAGCUGAACAUAUGAUGCAACCAGCGAUGACCACUGAUGACUGUACAUUAAAAAGUAUCGUCAUGCAAAUGAAUAUGGGUGAAGGAAAAACAUCCGUCAUUCUUCCGAUGUUAGCAGUCAGUUUAUCUUCAUCCUCUGAGAGUUUAAUUCGUAUGAUCGUCUUAAAAUCUUUAUUUCCAACCAACUAUCAAUCAUUAAGAUCGAAACUCGGUGGAUUACUCAAUCGACGUAUUUUUCCUUUUGCAUGUCGUCGUGAUUUGAAUUUCAACAAUGAACAAAUCAAUCAAAUCUUCACUCGUCUCAACUGUGGAUUGGAGAAUUGUGAUGUGAUCUUAACUUCUCCGGAAGAUAUUCUAUCUUUUGAUCUUUUGAUCAUUGAUAAAUGUCGACGAAAUGAGUUCGAGACUGGUCGUUCGAUGUUGACCAUGCAACGAUGGAUGAAGAAAUAUAUUCGGGAUGUUUUGGAUGAAUCAGAUGAGAUUUUGCAUGUCAAAUAUCAAUUGAUUUAUACAGUGGGUGGUCAACAACAAAUGGAUGGAGGUGCAGAACGAUGGAAAACGAUUCAAUCCAUCCUUGAAUUUGUGAAAAAACAUGCGGAGAAGAUUUAUAAAGAUUUCAGUGAAGAAAUUUGUUAUAGACCAGCUGAUCGACAAAGUGCUUUUCCGCAAUUUCGUUUUCAAUCAGCCGAACCUUUUCCAUCCUUGUGUAAAAUGAUCGCCAAUGAUUGGCUCAAUCAACGAUCGUAUCGUCAAGGAGAUAAACAAUCGAUCUUAUCGUUUAUUUUAGAUACAAAUUCAUCCAUUGAACCUCUGGUGGAUCGAUUUCCUCUUCAUGAUAUUCAAUUAUUUCUCAUUGUUCGUGGUUUAUUAUCCUCGGAAGUUUUACUCGUUACUUUGAAGAAACGGUAUCGAGUAAAUUAUGGUGUUAAUCCCAAUCCAAUGUUCAACCGUUUAAUGGCUGUCCCUUUUCGUGCGAAAGAUGUGGCAGCUGAUCGAACGGAAUUUGGUCAUCCGGAUGUCGCAUUGGUUUUGACACAUCUCACUUAUUAUUAUUCGGGUUUGAAUGAAAAACAAUUAUAUGAAUGUUUCAAUCGAUUGAACGAUGAAGAAACCAAUCCAGAAUCGAUUUAUGAUCAAUGGAUUUUCUAUGAAGGAGAGCGAAAUGACAUUUCGAUGAGUAUUCGACAAUGGAAAGGAGUCAAUUUGAAAGAUUAUCAACAGAGAACUCGCUUUCUGUUCCCCACAUUUCAACACAAUAAAUCAGUAAUUGAUUAUUUUCUCAAUCAUUUUGUUUUUUCUCGAGAAGCAAAACAAUUUCCCGAUAAAUUAGUUGCAUCAGCUUGGGAUUUAUCUUCCUCUGACCGAAGCAAAAUCAUUACGGGAUUUAGUGGAACGAAUGAUACACAAUUGUUAUUACCUGUUCAUAUUCGUCAACACGAUCUUCCAGAAUUGCAGAAAACUGAUGCCAUCGUGGUCAAUAAUUUAUUACAACCGGAAAAUGAAUGUUAUCAAACUCUGCCAAUCAAUGCUUCAGCGGACAAGAUUUUAGAACAGAUUGUCAAAUUGAAUAUCAAUGUUAUUCUAGAUGUUGGAGCAUUAUUCAUUGAUGGAAGUAAUCGAGAUAUCGCCAUUCAAUGGUUGGAUCUAUCUAAGAAGGAAAAGAUCGAUUAUGUUAUUUAUUUUGAUUUGGAUUCAUCAAUUGUUGUUUGUGAUCGUCAAUAUCAUCAACAUCGCUUUGAAACUUCACCAGCAAAUGAACGAUUAGAUCGGUGUGUCUUCUAUUUAGAUGAAAUCCAUACUCGAGGAACAGAUUUCAAAUUUCCACGUGGAUUUAAAGCAGCUUUGACAUUGGGUAAUGGUUUAACAAAAGAUCGAUUUGUUCAAGCAGCGAUGAGAAUGAGAAAAUUAGGAUGUGGACAUUCAUUAACAUUUUGGAGUUCAAAUGAAGUUCAUCAACAGAUUCUUGCUUUGAAAAAAUAUUCAUCUAUUAUGAACAAUGGAAGUUCAAUCAAUGUAAUUGAUAUUCUUCGUUGGGUGUAUGAGAAUACAGUUCAAUCGACAUGGGAUGGAUUACAUCAUUGGGCUGCGCAGAGUCUCAGUUUCCAACGAAAAUUGGCCGCUUUUCGAACCAUUCAAUGGAAUGAUCAACAACAAGUAUUUACCGAUUCAAUGAUGGAACAAUUGGCUAAAGAAUGUUUGGAACCGGAGAUCAUCGAAUUGAAACGUAUGUAUGGAGUUUCCAAAGUACGACAAACUGUAUUACAGAUUCAUUUUGCUCGAUAUCAGUUGAUCAAUCAUUAUCGAUCGGCGGAAAUUGAAGAAGAUGUGAUCAAACGAUUGAAAGAUUAUGGUGGAAUAAAACAACGAUUAUCACAAUUGUUAGAUGAAGAACAACAACGAGAAUUGGAACAAGAACUCGAAGAAGAACGACAAUUGGCACGUCCUCCACCUGUCGAACCUUGUCAACCCAUUCUACACGCAGAAAUCAAAAGAUUGUCUGACAUCUAUGAUACCAUGAUGGACUUGAAUCAGUUCCCUGGAGUAUUUCGUCGAUUGGCAUACGCUUUGACAGGCACAACUUUUUUUGAUAUCUGGCAAGCGAACAGUUGGGAAGAGAAAUUUUGGAUUUCUACGGAAUUUCAACGCGUGAUAGCAACGAAAGGUGAAUCAUUGAACACAUUUCUUCGUCCACCACGAUGGUUAAUUCUCUAUCGAAAUGAAUAUCUGAUCUUUCUUAGUCCCUAUGAAGCGAAUUGGUUAAUCGAUCGUUUAUCUUCGAACAAAUCAACAAUCACUACUCUUCGUCUGUUAUUACCUCGAGCAAAACGAAUUCAAUCGAUCUUUGUUAACACAUCAACUUUGACCAUUCCUCCGUCUAUUGGACUAUCCGAUGGCCUUUCUGCUUUUACUCUUGGCCUUCAAUGGUUAGUGCAACUCUUUCUGUUCAAUGGCACUCUUUAUUUUGAAAAUGUUGGUGAACAGAAUAUGUUUUGUCAAUGUUUAGCUCUAUGCUCGCAACCUCGAACACCGAAAGAAAAAGAAGCUUUCGAAAAAGGUUGGAUUUCCGUGGAUGGAUUCGUCAAAAGUCCAGAACAUCGUCGUCAAUUGCAAAUUCAUCAUGCUCGAUUCGAUUCGAAUCCAUUGACAUUUGUCAAAGAAUUGAUUGAAAAUCGAAAUAAUAUCCAUGCACCGAUCUCUUCACACGUCGGUAGUAUUAUUUUCAAUUCCAUCAAGCUUCUUUAA